ACUGUCACAGUUUUGACCUGUUGCACUGUUAUUGUUUAUUGUUGUAAAAGAUUUUAAUAUUCUUCUCUCAAAAAGUUGAGAGGAUCCCUCGAGAAGUGAAUUGGGUUUUUAAACUCGAAAUGUAUGUAUUUCGAUACAAAAUGUGAAACACCUUGCAAAGAAGGACAAAAUAUCGUUUAUUUUAUUGUUUUCGACGAGAUGAGCAAAGUGUAAAGUCACAAAAAUGUCUGUGAAUACCGGAAAAUAUCGUCCGGAUAGGUCGGAAACGACAAAAAAGCGAUAUUUCGGUGAUGACAAUACUCCAAAAGAAAACACAGCAGAGAGCAGACUCAAUCAAGCCCUUGAAAAUAUAAGACUCGACAGCCUUUAUGGCUUCCACACUACCAACGAUGUCAAAGAACGUACAGGAUAUCUUAUCAACAUGCAGCCGACUGAAAUUAUAGGAGAGGAUAAGGGACUUCUGAGCGGAGUAGAUUAUUAUUUUCUGGAAGAAGAUUGUACAAGAUUCAAAGUAUCGAUGCCGUACUACCCAUACUUUUACAUAUUAUGUCGCAAAAAAACAGAACAGGAAGUAUCAACAUUUUUACUGAAAAAGUAUGCCGGAACGGUUGUAAAAAUAGAAAUAGUGGCAAAAGAGGAUCUCGAUAUGCCUAAUCAUUUAAUAGGCCUCAAGCAAAAGUAUCUGAAAGUUUCUUUUGCCAAUUUAACCGAUUUGAUAAAAGUUAAAAGGGACAUAAACAGAGCUGUAAAAGCCAGCAAAGAGCGUGAAAAGUCAAAUACUUAUUAUACGAAUCUUCUAUCCGACAUGCUGAAUCCCAUGAAACGUCAGGAAGUAAAAAAACCAACGAGCCACAUGGAAAAUAUAUUGGACAUUCGAGAACAUGAUGUUCCUCAUCACGUAAGAGUGGCCAUAGACUGUGAAGUUUUCGUAGGUUUAUGGUACACAGUGAAAACGCGAGGUACAGAAGAACCGCCAAUAAUCACACGACGAAAAGAUCUCAUAGAACCUAUAGAUCCAAUCGUCCUGGCUUAUGACAUUGAAACUACAAAAUUACCACUAAAAUUUCCGGAUUCUGCGACUGAUCAAGUGAUGAUGAUAUCAUACAUGAUCGACGGUCAGGGGUAUUUGAUAACGAAUCGAGAAAUAAUAUCGGCGGAUAUUGAAGAUUUCGAGUACACGCCGAGGCCAGAAUUUGAAGGACUCUUCACGGUAUUCAACGAAAAGAAUGAAAAAGCGACGUUAAUGAAAUUUUUCGAGCACAUCAACGAUGUGAAACCGCACAUUUUCGUUUCUUACCACGGCGAUGGUUUCGAUUGGCCGUUCGUUGAAGCUCGUGCAACUUUCCACAAUAUUGACAUGAAGAAAACGAUCGGUUUUGCCAAAACUAGGGAUGACUUUUAUGGAAGUCGAGCAGCUAUUCAUUUGGAUUGUUUACACUGGGUGAAACGUGAUUCUUAUCUGCCCGUCGGUUCACAAGGUCUGAAGGCCGUAGCUAAAGCAAAACUGAGGUACGAUCCAGUGGAACUGGAUGCGGAAGACAUGUGUCGACUAGCAGCGGAGCAGCCGGAGAAGCUAGCGAAUUAUUCAGUUUCCGAUGCUGUGGCGACUUUUUAUCUAUAUCAAAAGUACGUUCAGCCCUUUAUAUUCGCUCUAUGUACGAUUAUUCCCAUGAAUCCGGACGAAGUACUGAGAAAAGGUUCCGGCACACUGUGCGAGUCGUUAUUGAUGGUCGAAGCAUUUCGAGCGAAUAUCAUAUUCCCAAAUAAACAAUCUGCUGAACUGAAUAAAUUGACGACGGAUGGGCACGUGCUCGACGUCGAAACGUACGUUGGCGGUCACGUCGAAGCUCUAGAAUCGGGCGUAUUUCGCGCGGAUAUUCCAUAUAAAUUCAAGAUCGAGACCAGUGCCGUGGACGAAUUGAUCGGUGGGGUGGAAAAGGCGCUGAAACAUUCGAUCCAAGAGGAGGAAAAAGUGCCUCUCGAAUCGGUCACGAAUUUCGAGCAAGUCUCGGAGGAAAUAAAAGAUAAAUUGUUAGCUCUUAAGGCCCAUCCGAUCAGACAAGAAAAUCCAGUUAUUUAUCAUCUCGACGUUGGAGCCAUGUACCCGAAUAUCAUUUUGACCAACCGACUACAACCUUCGGCCAUCGUAAACGAGGCUGUUUGCGCAGCUUGUGAUUUUAACAGCCCUGGAGCAGCGUGCAAAAGAGAAAUGGAAUGGGCUUGGCGCGGUGAAUAUCUGCCAGCGAGUCUCGGUGAAUUUCAACGAAUUCGACAACAGUUGGAGACCGAAACAGUCAAAUCGGAAGACGGUAGCACGGCGCGACCUUUCCACGAACUUCCUCUGCCGGAACAAGCCGCUCUCGAGAAAAAACGGCUCUCCGAUUAUUGUCGAAAAGCUUACGCAAAAACGAAAGUGACGAAGGUUGAAAUACGCAAGCAAACGGUUUGCCAAAAGGAGAAUUCUUUCUACGUCGAUACCGUGCGAGCUUUUCGAGAUCGCCGUUACGAGUACAAGGGCUUAACGAAAAUGGCGAAGCAACAGGUCGCAGCUGCGAUAGCCAGCGGCGACGCCAGCGAAAUUAAGUCGGCGAAAAAUCGCGAAAUUAUUUACGACUCCCUGCAACUCGCCCACAAAUGUAUUCUCAAUUCUUUUUACGGAUACGUUAUGCGCAAAGGUGCCCGCUGGCAUAGCAUGGAAAUGGGUGGAAUCGUGUGUCACACGGGAGCGAAUAUUAUCAUGAGAGCUCGAGAAAUAAUCGAAAGAGUUGGACGUCCAUUGGAACUCGACACAGACGGUAUUUGGUGCAUUUUACCGCAAAGCUUCCCAAGCAAUUUUAUCAUCGAAACUACACACCCAAAAAAAUCAAAGUUCGCUAUUUCCUACCCGAACGCAAUAUUGAAUUUCAUGGUCAAGGACAAAUUCACGAACGACGUUUAUCACGAUCUCGUCGAUCCUGCCAAUAUGGUUUACGAGAUAAGAAGCGAAAAUUCAAUUUUCUUCGAAGUCGACGGUCCUUACCGAGCCAUGGUAUUGCCAGCGGCGAAAGAGGAAGGAAAAAAGUUGAAAAAACGUUACGCUGUUUUCAAUUUCGACGGGAGCCUCGCGGAGUUGAAAGGUUUCGAAGUAAAACGACGAGGCGAGCUUCAACUCAUAAAAAUCUUCCAAUCCUCGGUCUUCGAGUCGUUCCUGAAAGGCGAUACUCUCGAGGAGUGUUACAAAUCGGUAGCCAAAGUCGCGGAUUACUGGCUCGACGUGUUGUACAGCAAAGGCGCUGACAUGCCGGAUUCCGACCUCUUCGAACUCAUCUCCGAGAACAAAUCGAUGUCGAGAAAAUUGGAAGAAUAUGGGACUCAGAAAUCAACCUCGAUCUCCACCGCCAAAAGACUGGCCGAGUUUUUAGGUAGCGACAUGGUCAAGGACAAGGGUCUUGCUUGCAAGUUCGUAAUAUCGAUGAAGCCGCAAGGUGCGCCAGUCACCGAAAGAGCUAUACCUCUCGCGAUUUUUCAGUCCGAAGAGAGCUUGAAACGGCACUAUUUACGCAAAUGGCUCAAAGAUUCGGGUCUCCAGAGUUUCGAUAUUCGGGAUAUCCUCGAUUGGGGUUAUUACAUCGAGAGAUUGGGCAGUACGAUACAAAAAAUCAUAACCAUUCCCGCUGCUUUUCAGGGUCUUUCGAAUCCAGUUCCUCGCGUCAAGUAUCCUGACUGGCUGCACAAGAAGCUGCUUGAAAAGAACGACGUGAAGAAGCAGAGGCGAAUCACUGACAUGUUCAGAAAAGUGGAAACCACGAGGGCAGAAAGCAGAGAAGACCCUGAGAGCGCGAGAGAGUCGGCGCCGAUCGUCGACAUCGAAGAUGGCGCUGGUCCCUCCGCGGUAUUCAAGAGACCGAUGGUAACGGUGACCAAGAGAAAGAGACAAUCCUCCGCGGAGCUGGACGAGGAAACCUUGAGCAAAAAUUGGCGCGAAGUUCUUGGUCAGCCUCCGAGUUACGGGAAAACGCACGAAGAGCAUCGGGCGUGGUUGGAGUUUCACAAGAAAAAGUGGCACCAUCAGGCCCAACAGAGAUCGCUACAACGACGAAACAAGAGGAGCAGAACCGGGAGCGACGAGUUGAACAAGGGGAACCGCGGCGUUUCGAGAACAACGAACGUCAACACGAUCCACGGCUUCAUCCACCGUUCUCAUCGAACGCUCCUCGAAACACCUUGGCAAAUAAUCCAAAUUGCAGAAACCAGUGAGCCCGGGAUGUUCCGUUUGUGGGCAAUGGUUGACAAACAAUUGCAUCAGAUAAGGCUCAGAGUUCCUCGCAUUUUCUACGUAAAUACGAGGGAGCAAAGAGGCGAACCUGGACCGAACGAGACGUGGAGAAAAUGCUCGAAAAUAUUGCCGAGAUCGAGGCCAGUUUACAAUCUUUAUCAGUACACCGUUCCCGAGGAGCUUUACGAAGUAAACGGUCCGAUGUUGGCUGACGAAUUGAGUAAACCGGAAGUCGAAGGGAUUUACGAAACUCAGAUGUCUCUGGAGUUUCGGGCAAUUUUGAACCUCGGCUGCGUUUGCAUGGUCGACUCUUCCUCGUGUCCUCGUAAUUCGGACAUCGGAGACACUUUCUCGUUGGAACAAUUGCAGUUCAAGAGCAUUUCCGCUCAGCCUUAUCUCGAGUCCGACAUGAAAUACAUAUUUCUGUAUCACCACUGGUCCUCGAACCACCAGCGCGCCAUUUGGGGCCUGUUUCUUGGCCCUAGCAAACGAGCUCACGUUUACGUUCAAGACACUGUCAAAACCAAUCAGAUGCCAAACAUGGGAACGCUCUACGUCAACGAAAGAGCUAGAGCGUUACAAGAAUCGGCACAAAAUAUUGAUGCACCUACGGAAAUUCAUUUCGAAGUAAAAAUAGAAACCAGCUUCCAGGCCAUUUGUCGAGCUAUUCAAGCUGCACUAAAAACUUACAAGAACGAGAUGAAAGGGGCGACGAUUUUGGCCAUUCAAACAGCCAUCACUGUCGGAGAAUUGAUCAGCGAAAUGCCAUUGCUCAACGAUUUUCCAGUUGUCAAUACAAGGGUACAAGAUUCGGAAUAUUUAUUCAAUACAUUGGAGUGGCAAAGGCUCGGAGCUACAACGAUGAUUGGACAUUAUCUCAAAAGCGAGAGAGUGUUGAAGCUGAUGGCUGAACAAUGCCGUUAUUUCCACGCCCCGAUCGGCAACAUUCCUGCCGAUGCGACACUCUUCGGAGCGGAUUUGUUCUACGCGAGGAAUUUGAAAAAACAUAAUUUUGUGCUUUGGUACUCGACGACCGAGAGGCCUGAUUUGGGAGGUAGCGAGAACGACGACAACCGAUUGUUAACCGAUUUCGAGGAGAGCACAAACUCCAUUGCGAACUAUCCUGGCACUUAUUCGAGCGUUUGCGUCGAGCUUGAUAUCGAAAGUUUAGCUGUAAAUACUCUGCUGCAAUCGCAUCACGUCAACGACGUCGAUGGCACGAGUUCUUUCGUCGCUUUUCACGCAGCUGCUCAAGCCUCGUUGCAAGAAUUGGUCACCGGCUUAUCGACGACAGCGACGAUACCGAGCUACGACGAAACUGCGCUGUGCAGCGCUUCCUUCAAAGUCCUUCGAAGCAUGGUCAGCAGCUGGCUCAAAGACGUUACUCUCCAUAGAAAUGUUUAUGCCGAUUGCCAAUUGAUGAACUUUUAUCGCUGGCUACGCUCCCCCAGCGCUCUCCUCUAUGACCCUGCUCUACGUCGCACACUUCAUAAUUACAUGAAAAAAUUGUUCAUACAAUUGGUCGCUGAAUUCAUGCGACUCGGGUCGAUAAUUGUGUUCGCUAAUUUUAAUAAAAUCAUCAUUUGUACGAAAAAGAGAACCGUCGAUGCUGCCCUCGGACACAUUAAUUACGUCGUCGCUUCGAUCAGAAACAAAGAACUGUUCCACAGCAUCAACAUCACUUUUGAGAACUGUUGGCUCUAUCUCGUCUGGCUAGAUCUGCCAAACCACGCUGGUGUUCUCGGCAAAUUGCCGAAAGAUUUGCAGGACCUCGACGAAGAGGACGAGGACGAGGACGACACUCCGCAAAUUGUGAUGAAUUGGAAUCUCAUGGAAAUUUUACCCAACGAAGCCAUGUGUCGCGAACACUUUCGUACCAUUAUCGCCGGCUACAUCAGCGCUAUUUACCGACACAUAACCGACCACGAACCUGAGCAUCAGACUCCCAAACGCAGGAGGAGAGACAGCGUCAUUAGUCAAACUCAAACUGCGCCUCUGGGACUCGGAGCGCUACAAAAUUCUGCUGAAUUUGCCAAGAAACUCAUCGCUGGCGAAAUGUCUCAAAAAUUGUUUCAACUCGUUCAAAAAAUUCACAAAAGACUGCCUGAAAAAGUUGUUAACCUUCAGGAUAAUCCUAAUCUCGAUCUUGGCGGCGCUGAGAGCAGGAGAAUCAGUCCGGCGUUGGAAAUGAUUAAAGCCAUUUGCAAGAUUUUAUCCCUCGAUAGAGAACUGACCGACGAUGUGUAUGAUCUCAAAAAAAAUCUGUUGCGUCUAAUCGGAGUUGGAAGUUUCAGUGACAAAGCUGAGUGGACGGAUCCUUGUAUAUCGUUUGUAUUGCCUGAAGUCAUUUGCAAAACUUGCAAUCACACGAGAGACAUUGAUCUUUGCAAGGACAAUUCAGUCUCCGUAGUUGACGGAAUAUAUUCAUGGAACUGCCCGAUGUGCGAGACGAGUUACGAGAACGUAGAAAUCGAAUUUGCUCUGAUAGAUAUACUUUAUCGUAGAACGAUGGGUUACGUUUUACAAGAUCUUCAGUGUCGUAAGUGCCUUCAAAUAAAAAGAGAAAACGCUAACGAGUUGUGCACGUGCUCAGGAGAUUUCAAUACGACGAUUAAACGACAGGAAAUGAUUCAGUGCGCUAGAAUAAUGAAAUCCAUAUCUAAAAAGUGUGGUAUGUUGCUUCUUGACGAUGCCAUAACGAAUACGCGUCUUAUCAGCGACACGACAUCCAAUUUGUAAAAAUAAAUAUGAAAGUAAGAUCGUAGAUAAGCAAACUUUGUUUUUAAAUUAAAUAAAUUAUUACGGAGAUCAAA